AUGUCUGCUGCUCCCGAGACCACCCCUGCCGUCGCCGCUCCCGUCGAGGAGGUCGCCGCUCCUGUCGUUGAGGAGACUCCCGCUGUCACCGAGGCUGCUGUUGCUCCCGUCGAGGAGGCUUCUGCCCCUGUCGAGACCGCUGCCGCCGCCCCAGCCAUUGAGGAAGCUGCCACCACCGAGGCUGUCCCCGCCACCGAGGAGACCGCUGCUACUGAGGCUGCCCCUGCUGCUGAGGAGGCCAAGCCCGAAGAGGCCGCCGCUGCCACCGAGGAGUCUGCCAAAGAGACCACCCCCAAGAAGGAGAAGCGCCAGUCGUUCCUCGGCAAGCUCAUCGGUGCCUUCAAGGAGAAGACCGCCAAGAAGGAGAAGCCCGCUACUCCCACCAAGGAGGAGCCCACCGCCGAGGAGGCCGCCCCCGUUGAGGAAGCUGCUGCUCCAGUCGAAUCCACCGAGGAGGCUGCUGUUGCCCCUGUUGCUGUCGAAGAGACUCCCGCCGCUGUCGAGGAGGCCGCCGCCCCCGCCGAGGCCGCCCCUGCCGCCGAGGAGGCCAAGGAUGUCAAGAUCGACGAGGCCGCCAAGGGUGACGCUGCCGCCCCCGACGUUGCUGCUCAGAAGAUCAAGCUUGGUCGUCGUCUGAGCGGCAAGUUCGGUGCCCUCUUCCACAAGCAGCCCAAGAAGGCUGAGGAGAAGCCCGCCGAGGAGACCGCCGCCCCUGCUGAGGCUGAGGCUGCUGCUGCUACUGAGGAGCAGGAGGCCAGCCCCGUCACCGAGAAGGUUGCCGAGGAUGUCAUUGCCCCUCCCACUGCUGCUGCCCCUGUUGCCGUUGCGCCCGUCGCUGCUGCUGCUUAA